UACUCUAUUAACGGCAUUAACUUAACUGAACUACAACCUGUAGCCACUUCUAAUAAUCCAACACCAUUGUCAGAAGAUGACAAAAAUAGUAUUCAAAAUUUGCUUAAUGGUUGGAAUAUGUCAUAUUUAUUUCAAACUUGUGUUGAUGAAUUUAUGGAUGAAGAAGCUUUUCGGUAUAUAAAUAGUAGGCAAAUUGAAAAGCUACUGCAGAAGUAUCCCCUUGGUGUUCAUAUAAAAUUUGAGCAUUACCUAAAACAAUGGCAAAACUCCAAGUCAGAUACCAAUACUUCAAAUUCAAAUUUGCUUAUACCUUCAGUCACUCCCCCCAUAUCAAGUUCAUUAUUAGCACGAUCAUCAGAUCCAUUACCAGAGUUUUUUCUUGAUGAAGUUUUAAAAAGAAGUACUCAUGGGUCAAUGAUCAUUAGUUACUACGAAUCUAAUAAAAAUUUAAAUGAAACAUGUAGAAAUCUCUUGGUUGAUUUGAUAAUAGCCAGUUUGUUUGAAAAAAAACGUCCUAUGUCUACUGCCUUGGCUAAUCACAUUUCAGAUAUAAUAGUUGGAACCUUUACUACAGAAAUAAAAGAAAUAUGCUUUGAAAGAAGUGGACAGAGAAAGUGUCCAAAAGGAAAACUUUAUGCAAAGUAUUUUAAUAAACUCAGAAGUUUAAAAAAUCAUGGAUUGAUAUCUUCACAAGUGUCAAAAUUGCAGGAAAACAAUGAACUGCCCUCUAGGAUUUCUGGAAACAUAAAUGUUGAAACAAUUAUUGAAGAAGAUGCAGAAAUUCUUAUUUCCAGUUUGAAACAUGAACAAUUAUCUUGGCCCGAUAUUGAGAUGAUUUGGGCAAAAACUACUGGCUAUCGUUUGAAUCAUCUUAAAACAAUUAAUUUUUCACCAUUAGAAAUCCACAAGACAUGGCCUCAGUACAUGCAACCAUUAGGGUAUAAACUUAUUGAUAUUGAUUUCAAACGACUGCAUGAGAAAUAUACUGACUUAUUAAGUACUUAUGAAAAAUCAUAUGUUAAGCUGGUACAAAUAAUAGAUGACUGUAUAAAGGACCCUAGCUGUCGUAAAAUGUUAGAAACCAUGAUGAAUAUGAAGAACGCACCAGAAAAUUAUAAAAAUGCUGUGGUGUUGUACGUUCUUCAUGCUCUUUUUGUUCCUACUACAAAAAAACCUUCAUUGAUUCAAAUGGAAGAAAAUGUUUUCAUAAAUUUUCAAUCAAAGAUUCUCAAAAUAGUUUUAUGAUAGUGGCAAAUACAGCAAUCGAACUCGAAGAAAUAUUGAAAACUAAAAAGACUGCAAAAAAUCCUAUCCAACCUUGCUUGUUGAUUGCCGGUACACUCUCAAAUCCAUUACAAAUUAUGAUAUAUUUUGAUGAAU